AUGGAGGCAUACCUGUUAUAUCAAAGAUUGUCUAUCCUGUCGCAGCGUUGGAACUUCUCAGAAGAAACAUUAGCUCUCUACAAGCGGCUUCUCGCAAGACUUAAACGCGAUAUCCUCCAGCCACAGACGAUCCCGGUUACAGAUCAAGACGAAGCACCUCCCGCACUCCCAACUGCCAUCGCCACUUUUGUUUCAAUGGCAUUAGAUAUCUCGUUGGAGGGAAUCGACGAGAUGUGGCAAGUCUUGAAGGAUACGAUAUGGGAUAUGGACCCAGGACGACCAACCAAGGAAGAGCUGGGUCUCUUUCGUCAUUAUGGGUGGCCUCUAGGAAUAGUGGCUUAUACUUUGUACCCUCCGAAUAUUCACUGUAUAAACCACGAUUGCACCCGUACCAACCCCCUCAAACGCGAGCUCUCAAUGUCGUCAGUUUUGGCAUUCACAAAGGACGAUGGUGUUCAGGCAGCAUAUGAGGUGGUAACCUACUGUCCAGACUGCAAUACAAGCUACCACCACAACUACUCGGUACAGGACAAGACGAGGAGAUACUACGAGGCAAUGCCAGAGUUUAUUCAGGUUGGAGAGCACCAGUUUGUUCACGUACCUGUGAUACGCCUGUGGAUAACACAGAUGCUGUUUGGAUGGUAUUCAUUCUCCAAUGCAGCAGCAUCCUAUAGCGCAGCAUUCAACAAUGACGAGGAAAGCUAUGACCGAAGAUUUUGGCGUCUCUCCCCUGAGCUACGACAGGAGCAUGCAAGCGAUGGAUUUUUCAUCCUGAGCUUGCUGGAGGACUGCCGUCGGCGAGGUUUUGUCCUUGAGGUACCACAUAGUGGGGACCAAUCCAAGCGUUUCCAGGCUGCGCUAGAGGCCAGGAACGAAUGGAUUAUACUCAAUGGCCAGCCGGAUGCAGUUCGCCAUGCAUGCGACAAGUGCAUGCGGGUGUAUCGUGAUUUAGACGGAUCCUACAUAUCAACACAGGCUAUUGUCAUGGAUGGCAUUAGUAUAGGACGCCCUUGCUGUGGCGUCUUCCGCUGUACAACUCCUCUCGAGAAUAAUCGACAUCGUUUUUGUCCUGAGCACUAUUUCCAUCAUUACUUGUGCGCUGUAAAGGGCUGUGUCCGGCCUGUAGUCUUCAAGAAUGAGCGCUUAUCCGAUGGGACCACCAAGUCAAAGCCCAUGAAGACUUGCAGCGACCCGAUUCACCAGCAGAUGGAGCAGCGGAGCAAAGAGCGGAGCACUGGCUCCUUUCUCUUGAAGAGCCGUCUCCAACAUGCUCGUGUCUCCCAGCCACUGGAAGCUAUCUCUACCUCCAGCACGAUACCCUCCCAGGACCUUCAAGAAGACAUCGAACACUAUGUGGUCACCGACAGAGGUGUAAUGCUUGAGGUGGAAAAGAAUCCAGGAUCAGUCGGCACUACCAACGACAUGGAACCGGACGACUGCCCUUCGAAGAAGUCAGAGGAAGGGAAUGGGAAGAAGCUCUCCGCCCAGAUGGGGAGGGAGCGUACUCACAAUGACCAGACUCUGGUCAGGCCGGGUGGGAGGCUCUAA